GUACACAAUAGGGAAGCGAUGGGCUCCACGUUUUUUCAUCUUAUAAGCCACGUGUCAUCAUCCUUAUGGCUUCUUCAGAAUUUUGUAAUACCGCGUCGGAUAAUAAGGACCAAAGAAGACUCGAAUCAAAUUCAUCCGUUGAGUUGUUUCUCAAUUUCUCAUCACACAUUGCCCAUCAUCUAUGAUAGUUGUGACAAUUAGUACGACAAACUCCAUUAAUUCAUCAUAAUCAACUUCCAGCAGAGAGACAGACAGUGGCAAAGAGGCUGAAAAGUGAUGGCACUUAGAGCUUCAGCCACCGCUAAAUCACCUCUUCCACCGCCCCCUUCUUCUUCUUCAUCACCACCUAAAGUCUUUAGUCUUCCUAAACUCUCUCAAAAACCUGAAUUCACUUCAAAAUCUGUGUCAGUGUCAUUCUCUACAUCCACUGCUCUUUUCCUCUUUCCCCUUUUCACUGCCACUCAUGAAGCCAGAGCAAUCAACUUACCCAAGGAAGAUAUCGUCUCUUCUCUUAAUCAGGUAGAAUCUGCUGUUAAUCAAGCUCAAGAGGUUGGUUCGAACAUCUUUGAUACUGCAAGCCGAGUGAUUGGAACCGUGAUUGAAUUUGUGAAGCCCGGGAUUGAUGCAGCACUGCCUUUAGUAAAGCAGGCAGGAGAGGAAGUUUUGAAGAAUGCUUCUCCUGUCAUAUCUGAUGCCACUAGGAAAGCCCAAGAGGCAAUGCAGAGCGCUGGCAUGGACUCUCAGCCAGUGAUGACUGCAGCUAAGACAGUAGUUGAUGCAGCUCAACAGACAUCCAAGGUGAUUGAAGGGGCCAAACCAAUCGCCUCAUCCACAGUUGAAACCAUUUCAUCAACUGAUCCAGCUGUUAUUGCAGUGGCUGGUGGCACAUUAUUCCUGGCAUAUCUUCUACUUCCCCCUGUCUUCUCCGCUCUCUCUUUCAGCUUUCGUGGUUACAAGGGUGAACUAACUCCUGCUCAAACACUGGACAAUAUGUGUUCUAAGAAUUAUGUCUUGAUUGAUAUUAGAACAGAGAAGGACAAGGAUAAGGCUGGAAUUCCCCGUCUUCCAUCUAGUGCUAAAAACAAGAUGAUUCAAAUCCCUUUGGAAGAUUUACCGAGUAAGGUAAGGAAUCUUAUGAGAAAUUCGAAGAAAGUGGAAGCUGAAAUAGUGGCUCUGAAGAUAUCAUUCCUCAAGAAAGUCAACAAGGGGUCUAACAUUGUGAUAAUGGACUCGUACUCGGAUUCAGCUAAAACAGUUGCUAAAUCGCUGACGAGCUUUGGCUUCAAGAACUGCUGGAUCAUGACUGAUGGCUUCUCCGGAGGUAGGGGGUGGUUGCAGAGUCGGCUGGGAACAGAUUCGUACAACUUUUCUUUUGCAGAAAUUUUAUCACCAUCAAGAGUCAUUCCAGGAGCAGGUAGACGUUUUGGUACAACAGGCACUGUCAAAUUGCUUUCAGAUUGACAAAUCUCCCUUGUAAUGGACCAACAAAUUGGCCAUAGUAUAGUUGAAUUCUUAAAGAUAACCUUCUGUAAUUCUUUGAUCAGUUCUUAUGACCUAUCUUCUUGCCUAA